CACAUUGCCCUGCAGUCCUUGUGGCCCGACCGCCCAUUCUACCAUGGGAUGUGGAGCCUCCAACAGUACUGCAGGCAAGUACGACGCAAGCGAGCAACAUAAGAUUCACUCGCUGGAUGCAGGGUACUUUGUGGACAAUCAUUUGGGUGAGGGCACCUUCCUCACUUACUACGAGCCAGAUGAGGCGCUCAGCUCGAAGUAUGGGGACUUUGGUCGCUACAUCGUGGCCCGUCACCGUCUGACGGAGCAAAAUGCUGCGAUUCAGCCCCUUUCCAAAUCAACGACAACACGAGCCCAGUUGGACAAGCAUAUCUCCAUCCUCAGGAGCCUUGGCCAUCCCAACAUUGCAAAGCUGAAGGAGGCUUGCGAAGAUGAAGCAUCCUACUAUUUGGCUUUUGAACUAUGCACCGGUGGCACCCUGUUGGAAGCGAUAGAGGAUCGCUACGCUGGAGAAUGGGAGGAUUGUGUCCAUGCCUGCACCUUUGCGACCUUUCAGAUUCUGAAAGCCAUGGAGUACAUGCACGAGAAAAAGGUGUGCCAUCGGAACCUGAGCACUGAUGCGGUGGUGCUUCAUGGCAAGGAGAAAACCUUGAAGAAGUGGCAGAUCGUGAUCAACGAUUUUGCUAGUGCUUGUCGGUUCACGCCUGGGCAGAAAAUGACGGAGACAGUGGAGUUCAAAGAGGGUUUCAGUCCUCCAGAGUUUAAGGACAAGACUCCUUACACCAAUGCCUGUGACAUCUAUUCGUGCGGAGCUAUCCUUUGUGCUCUGUUGUUUGGAGAUCCCAAUCCUGAUGCGGUCAACUGGAAGAAGAACAUGAGUGCAGAAAAGUCCCUGAUCCUCAGGAUGACCUCUGCGGAUGCGCAUCGUCCCACAGUCGCCGAGUGCUUGGCGGAUUGCUGGUUCAGCACCAUGGAAGACGUCUCCCGUGGCAAGGCGAUUUCUGCGCAAAAUUUGGAGAAUAUGCAACGGUUCUGCAAAUCCAACAAGCUGAAGAAAUUGGCGAUUCACAUUUCAGCAGCACAUUUGAGCGCCCCAGAAGUGCUCAAGAUGAAAGAGAUGUUUGAGUUGGUUGACAAAGACCACAGUGGCGUCGUGUCCCUGGCAGAGCUCAAAAAAGCCAUGAUGGAGUUGAUGACAAGUGGAGGCUACCGAGCAAGAGCAGCCAUUCCUGAAGACAUCGAGAGGCUGAUGGACCUGCUGGACGUUGAUGGCAGUGCGACCAUCUCAUAUCCAGAGUUUAUUGCUGCAAUGACUGACAGAAAGCACUACACGACUGACAGCACUUGCCUAGCGGUCUUCAGGACCUUUGACCGCAAUGGUGACGGCCACAUCAACCGCACCGAGCUUCAAGAAGCACUGAAAUCUGAAUCCUUUAAGGAUUUGGAUUUCAAUCUCUUUCCUGCGAUUGAAGAGGUGUCCUGCUUAGGUGUUGGCCUCCGAUCAGGACGGAGAUGGCACGCUGGAUUUUGAAGAGUUCAAGGCCAUGAUGCGAGACUCUUCUAGCGCAGACGUGCAGAAAUUGUCCAGAGAUCGUGUAAAACAAAAGGAUGUUCUGAAGAAGAAGCCGCAGGAUUCUUGGGCACAUAAAGCCUGAACUCGGUAAAGUAGUGAAAGCUUUAGGCAGCAGCAGAAACAGAUAGCGACAGCACUUGCCACAUCCUCGGCCAAAGGCCAGUGAUAGUGGUAGACCGCUGAUGAAAAAGACUGUGCAGCGGCAGAAGGGCACAUGUUCGCGCAAAAGGUUCGGGUCAUUCCAAAAACAACUCUUGAUUUUUGUUUCGCAGGAGUCCUGGAUUUUUUUAUCCAGUGUGAUCCAGU